CGAAGUACUGCAGGGAAAUUUCCCUGUUGUGGGAGGGGCAGAGGCACAAACUCCUGCAGAAAAAAUAAUAUUUUUAAAGAAGCGAGAUUCCAGUUGGGAGUGAUACCUUCGUGUUACUUGUGGGGGGGGGCAGAGAACCCAAUCAGUACUAAGAAAUUUCAUCUUUGUAGAAGGGGCGAAUAUGCAAACUACUGCAGGAAAUGUCCCCAUUGUGGGAGGGGCAGAGACACAAACUACUGCAGGGAAAUCUCCCCAUUGCGGGAGGGGCAUAGACACAAUGGAGAGAUU